CUAACAGCUAGCGGCUAGCAGCCGUGUGAGUGUGAUACCGGACCGUCCCGUCGGUGAGCGGAGCCUCCUACAGACACCGGGCCGCCGCGGAAACUUUCUUCCAUGGUGCUGCUCGACUGAAGAGGCUUCUGGAAGCUGCUCGUGAGGGUGCACAGUCUCCAUGGCGACCGAGGAGUACUACGAGGUGGAGAGGAUCGUGGACAAGAGGAAGAAUAAGAAGGGGAAAGUGGAGUAUCUUGUUCGGUGGAGAGGUUAUGGCUCUGAGGGCGACACCUGGGAGCCGGAGACGAACCUCUCCACCUGCAUGGUCUAUGUCCAUGACUUCAACCGUCAGCUUGCUGAGCGGCAGAGGGACAGCACGCUGCUUCGCUCCACCCGGAGCUCCCCCAGCCGCCACUGUAACCCCGCCCACAAACUGCCCAGCAGGCCCUCUGCGGCCCCUCGUCCCGACCUGAGUGGGGGGUUAGAACACAGUGAGAUGAAGCCACCCCUCAGCUCCACUCCGCUGCCCCACUCAUUACCGACUCGCCCGACCUCUGUCGGCUCCCAGCAGCCACCACCUGCAGACAGGUUAAGUGGUGGCCUGAUGUCGCCUUCUCCGCCCGGAUCGGCGCGCCGCAGUGUAGAUCUGUCCAAGACUGGCAUCAAAAUCCUGGUUCCAAAGAGUCCGAUGAACAGCCGGCCGGAUUCCGAAGAGUCUCCCAGUGAGGCGGCUCAGAGUCUGGAGGAGGGAGCUCAGGAGGCCCACCUGGUCCCACCAGAGGUGGCUCUGCUGGAGAAACCUGCUGCAGUCCAGCUGGGGCCUGGAGAGGAGAGGGCCCGCAUGGGGACCAGACCCCGCAGCCAAAAUCCGCUGGCCCCGCCUCAGACCCCCAUCACACCAGCCGCCAUGCGCUCCCUAGGCGGGACAAGAAACUCGGCUCUGAUGGAGGCCGUUGCAGCCAAUGGGAACUCAGGUGUGCAGAGCGCCAUCACCGGGGCGACCAGCGUGACAGGGAAGCGCCGACUGGAGGAGCGAUCGGCGUUCGACAAGCGUCUGAGGUUCAGCGUGCGGCAGACGGAGAGCGCCUACCGUUACCGCGACAUCGUGGUGAAGAAACAGGACAGCUUCACUCACAUCCUGCUCUCCACCAAGAGCUCCGAGAACAACACGCUCAAUCCCGAGGUGAUGAAGGAGAUCCAGAGCGCCAUGGCCACGGCAGCAUCAGACGACAGUAAGCUGGUGCUGCUCGGCGCCGUCGGCAGCGUCUUCUGCUGCGGCCUCGACUACCUGUAUUUCAUCAGGCGUCUGACAGACGACAGGAAGAAGGAGAGCAUCAAGAUGGCCGAAACGAUCAGGACCUUCAUCAACACCUUCAUCCAGUUCAAGAAGCCCAUCGUGGUGGCCGUGAACGGGCCGGCGCUCGGCCUGGGCGCCGCCAUCCUGCCGCUGUGCGACGUGGUGUGGGCCAACGAGAAGGCCUGGUUCCAGACGCCGUACAUGGCGUACGGCCAGACGCCGGACGCCUGCUCGUCCUUCACCUUCCCCCGCAUCAUGGGCAUCGCCUCGGCCAACGAGCUGCUGCUGAGCGGCAGGAAGCUGACGGCUCAGGAGGCGUGCGCCAAAGGUUUGGUGUCUCAGGUUCUCUGGCCCGGAACCUUCAACCAGGAAGUGAUGCUGCGGAUCAAAGAGCUGGUGACCGUCGACCUGCAGGUUCUGCGGGAGUCCAAAGCCCUGAUGAGGAGCACCAGCCGCAGUGCUCUGGAGCAAGCGAACGAGCGCGAGUGUGAAGCCCUGAAGAGAGUGUGGGGCUCGUCACAGGGGACGGACUCGAUCCUGCAGUGCCUGCAGAGGAGGACUGAGCUGUACUAGAACCCGGCCGCGGUGCUUCUUGGUUCUCGGGCCGUCGUGGCCGAAGCAGCGACUCGGCUGACCGAGCUCCGCAGCAGGAGCCGAAUCUUUGCUCCUCUUGUCAACGUGGAAGCAGAAACUCGAGCGGUUGGACCGAAGGCCUCUGCCGGCCUUUGAUUUUGACCCACGACACACGCGGGACGUGUUGGCUCACUUCCAGCCGAGCUCGCCCCGCAGACCGUCGCGGUGGAUCAGCAGCUGCUUCCUGAGCGCGGUUCAGCGGAUGUGAGCUGAGCGGACGGAUCAGGAAACACUGGACGGAUCACGCACGGUCACUCUGAGGUAACACACAGAAAGGAACCUGUACAGAAUGAGACAUUCUGUGCUACGCUAGGCUAACGGACAAAUCUAAAGCAUGGACUGUGAGAGAAAAGUAGAUGAAGUAACUGUCCCUUUAACUAGAGCAGCCUCAGGAUUGGCUGAUGUGAAAGAAUCUGCGUCCCUGGACCCGCCCCGAUCCCUCCAGCCUGCAGGGGGAGCUGUCGGCGGCCCCUUUUGAUUAUGCAGUGAUAAACUAUGCUGGACUUGUUGCCUCCCGGCAGGAGAGUUGCCCCCGUGUGACAUUAAACUGGUGCCACGUGACCCAGUGUGCUGGUUUCCUCCCCCCGGCUUCGUGUUUUGUACAGACGUCGUUUUCUCAGCAAGUCGUAUGCAAAACGUUCCGCAGUGUGUCUUCUUUAGUUUGCAGGCUUUGAUAGGUAGAGUGACCUGCAUUCAAAAAAAAAAAAGUUCCAUUAUUUAUAAACUGUUAAUGCUAACUGCUUCAAACUGUUUGAUACUUGUAGAAAUAUUUAUUUUCUGAAGAACAAGUCUCUCCUCAGUUACACAGCGACCAUGUUAUGAUGUUAAUACUUUGUGUAAGGCAUUCUUUGGUGGUUUGGAGUUGUGUAUAUCGGUUGAAAUGUAACACUCGUGUUAUAGAAACUCAGUAGAAUUACAAAUACAGCUCAGAAGCUAGAAUGAUAGGCAUGCUAUAUUUUUAUAACUUUGACACCAAACCUGCAUAUUUUAGCUUUAUUACAGGUAUUGAAUUUUCAGUUUUUGUUCUCUUUCCAGAUUACAGCUCAUUAAAAGCAACAGUGUUUUCAAAUGUUUCACAGGAUCAGUCAGUGAUGGGCUCACAAUACAUUAAAGUUGGCAUUGUGGAUGCUG